AGCUCGGCCAUUUGGUAUCCCCUCCGAAAAGGCUGACACGCCCAAAGAGAACUCUACUACUCCGGCCGUGUCUGCACAAAGCUCCACGCCGUUCAAGGGAUUUGGCAUAAGCCAGGCCUCUCCGACAAGUGCCAAGAGAAAGUCCAUCGAUGAGGGCGAUGACAAUAGCCCUGCUAAGCGUGUCAACGGAGACUCCAGCACAGCAAACAUAUUUGCUCAGUCUUUCUCAAAGUCCAAGACCGAGGCUGAGAAGCCUGAACCUUCCGUGGUCAAGCCGUCCACUCCCGAAUCUACUAAACCCGCUUUAUUCUCUACUACGCCAACUACGGCGCCCGCCAAACCUUUGUUCUCUGUCUCAGACUCGGCUUCGAAGGGUUCGGCUUCCACCUCGCUUUUCUCGUCGUCUAUGUCCAGUGCUACUUCAACAUCAGCCGCUUCCGGAGGAAACGCCCCCAAGAAUCCUUUUGUACUGAAGCCCACCUCCAGUGAGGGCUCUUCCACAGGCUCUGCGGGUGGCACAGACUUCUUUGCCCAAUUCAAGGCCCGAUCUUUCGAGGAUGCCGAGAAGGAGAAAGAGAAGCGCAAAGCUGAGGAUUUUGACUCGGAGGAAGAAGACGAAGCCGAGUGGGAACGCCGUGACGCUGAGGAACAACGGAAAAAGCAAGAGCAGUUUGGGACUCAAACCCAGAAACGCGCGAAGUUCGUCCCUGGUAAAGGCUUCGUUUUUGAAGACGAGAGCAACGAAUCUCCUGCAAAGAAGGCAGAGGACUCCUCUUCCACUACACCCGGCGCUGGCACCAUCUUCUCUAGCCAAAAUAACGCUGCAGUCAAGUCCAACAACAUUUUUGGUCAUCUGUCGGCGACUCCAUCUGAGGCCGAAGACAAUGACAACGAUGCGGAUGACACGGAGGAAGCCUCUACUCCUGGCGACGAGUCGGACGAUGCGACCGAAAAUGCUGUUGCAGCCGAUAAGAAGGCUGAAUCUGCCGAUUCAUCAGCCAAGGAACCCGAAGCUGGUGGUCGCAGUCUUUUCGAUCGCGUUCAGUAUGGUGAGGACGGAAAACCCAAGCGCCAGGGUGAAGAGGAGCAAAAGGGUAACGUUUCGACUCUCUUCGGGUCGUCCAACUUUUCGUCCUCCUUCAACACUCCCGCCUCCCUCACCCCAGCCAGCAGUGGCGAGUCCAACCAGGCUGCGCCAAAGCCCGCGACGACCAACCUCUUUGGCGCUCCGAGCGCAACCAGCAGCAUCUUUGGUACUCCCUUGUCUGGUUCUGGAAACAGCACCCCUUCCAUCUUCAAUGCAGCCCAAAGCGCUACUAAGCCAACUGGGGAUAACACAUGGAAGCCCGACUCUCCGAUUAAGUUUGCCAGCGACUCUGCCAGCGCUUCAUCGUCAAAGCCGGACUCUGGGUCGGCAACGCCAGCGCUCGAGGCGCCCAAGCCAUUCUCCAAUCUUUUCGGAGCACCGCCUUCCCUAACCAAAUCAUCUACGUCUAAGGAUGCUCAACCGUCCCUUGGGUUUACCUUUGGUACACCGGGACAGUCGUCGCCGUCUGUCUUUGCUCCAUCCACACUUACUUCUGCCGCUCCCAGUCGCUCCACCACCCCCGGAGGUGCAUCUGACACGGGAGCAGAAGAGUCGGGAGACGGUGAUGGCGCCGAGUCCUUACCUCAGCUCGAUCUCACGCGUGGUGGCGCCGGAGAGGAAAACGAAGAUCUAGUGGCGGAGAGCCGGGCUCGUGCCAUGAAGCAUACGACCGGCACCGGUUGGGAGAGUCAAGGCGUCGGUUUCCUUCGCGUUUUGAAGGAUCGGACCACGUCUCGUGGGCGAAUCGUCGUCCGGGCAGAUCCGAGCGGCAAGGUGAUUCUGAACACGCGCUUGAUGAAAGAGAUUCGAUACUCCGUGGCUAAGAACAGCGUUCAAUUCCUUGUCCCUCAAUCCGAAGGCCCUCCUCAGAUGUGGGCCCUGCGGGUCAAGACGAACGCGGAUGCCGAGCGCCUCUGCAAAUCCAUGGAAGAAACAAAGAACUGAGUACUGCACAUUUUGAUUACUACGACUAGAUGCGGUACAUAGGAUAUGCGACUGAAUUUACUUGAUGGACUUUGCAGGCGUCUAAGUGGCGAUGUAUUAUGAUGUGCUUUUCUCUUACUUCUGUUUUAUAUCUACCUUGCCUUUCUGCAACAGCAGACCCUCCACCUGCGCCGUUUUGGGUCAACCAACCCCCUUCUCCCUUUUGUCCGUUGAAAUUGAAUCGUCCGGCCUUGCAACUACAGUUAUUCUCUUUUUUUAUUCACGACGGGCCGAUAAAAGACUAUCGGCUGUCUGCCGCCCGAACAAACAGACGGACAUUUGUGGUUUCUUCCCUUCUCAAAUAUUCUCACCGGGAACUUGUCUUUGAAGAUUGGUGUCUCUUCUCAUUUUCUCCCUUCACUUUCACCUUUCAGACGCCUCAGUUCUCCCUUCUUCCCCGAAUUUUCGAGAACCUGUGUAAGUAAAAAUAUUUCUUUUCUGUUUUCGCAUCAUGCAACUUGACUGCUGCGGCUGCAUCUUCGGUAGCGUCGUUUGUUACUCUUACUCUCUGUCUGCCCAACCAGAAAACAGGCGCAUCUAGCAUAGCGAGUGGGAAUUCGAAGAAUCUGGUUUUUCUUUCUUUACGAAAUGGAAUUGUGCUUCUGAAGUUCGAUUUUGCCAUUGUCCAUGUUUAUAAUUUAUUUUAAGAAUUCUAAUAAAAUUCUUCCACAUUCGGA